UGGAACAUAUCACUCCAGAGAUGAAAGCACAGAUAGUGGACUUAGCAUGAGCAGUUAUAGUGUACCCAGAACCCCCGAUGACUUCCUGAACAGUGUUGAUGAGAUGGAUACAGGUGACAGUAUCAGCCAAAGUAACAUACCGUCCCAUCAGAACCGUUUCCCCGACUACCUUGAAGCCAUUCCAGGGACAAAUGUGGACCUUGGGACACUGGAAGGAGAUGGGAUGAAUAUAGAAGGAGAAGAACUGAUGCCAAGUCUGCAAGAGGCUUUGAGCUCUGACAUCCUUAAUGACAUGGAAUCUGUUUUGGCAGCCACCAAGCUAGAUAAAGAGAGUUUUCUUACUUGGUUAUAGGGGCCUCAGGGAGACUGAAUUCUAAAUCUGUGAAGGAUCUAAGGAGAAUAGGACAUCUGUAUCUGAAGUUCAGAACAAGCCAGUGUGGCACACUGUGGCUUGUGUUCAGAAAAAGUAAAUGAACAAAUACUGAACAAGAUUCUUUCAUUUUGCUCUUCCUUGUCCAUCGCUGCUGUUAUAUAUUGCUGACUUUUUUCCACAGUUGACUCUGAAGAACAGACAUCUUCUUGAUCUUUUUCUAUUGCUGUUGCAACUACUGUUCAAGGGGGGUGGGGAGGGACGAUGAGCCUAUUUGGAUGACGAAUGCCAUUCCUUUUGUCCUAGUGUGCGCUUGCAUAUCAUUUUAUCUAAGUACUCAGAGAGUUAAUUUCUGCAUGUCACUGCUUGUAGUUUACUCAGCUAGUUGUCUCCUGCUGCCUGUGGCAAGUGGUAAAACAUGACAUACUGGGGUGACAAGCCAAAAAUGAUGUAUCUGGUCAAAAGAAGUCAAUACUGAUUUGGAGAUACGACUUAAAGGAGGGCUGAAGACUGAUUGGCAUUAAGUGUUUCUAAUAGUAGCUCUUUCAUUAGUCACAAAGUGCUCUUGUUCAUAUUUUAUGUUAUAGUAAAUCAUGAGUCAUUUUACAUAGAAACAUAUAUGAACUUUGAUUGUUGCCACAUAUUCUAGCCUAACUUUUGUUUGUCAAAAAUAGUUUGGUUAUUUUUGUUAGUUGGUUUAACUGUAGCUGUAGGAUGGGAAGUAAUUAUAGGUUUGUUUUUUUUUUUAAUAGUGAAAUCUAAGUUUUUUUUCUGAUUUCACAUAGUCUUAUUUAAAUCUGAAUUGUCUGCUUUUUUAUACUUAAAACGUGCCUAUUGUAGCCUGAUAAGCUAGUGAGUACAUAAACCAGUAUGUUUUGCCUGUAACUUUUUUAUUUUUUUAAAGGCUAGCUUUGAAUGUAAUCAUUAGAAUUCAUGACCAGUGGCUUAUUUUUCAUGUUUAUUUGCAAGAUUUUGAAUUAGAAUC